ACGAAACUUAUCCAGGAAUCACAGGAAUGCUACAAAUUUAGGUUAAGUUUGGAUUAAACCGAUUAAAGAUAAAGAUACGUCAAUGUCAGAAGAAACUGGGGUGCGAAAAUUACCAGCUGUUACAACACUCGUAAUAAACAAGCGUCAGCUUAGGUUAGGAUACUGAAAGCGUGGCUCAACGGCGCAUAUAAAAGAUACAGGUUGCGAUGGAGAAAGAGAAACGUCUCUCGAGGUUGCCAGGAAGUCACGGGGAAACAUACGGCACUUUUGUCUUAGUUGACGAGGGACAUACUUUGGGAAAUGCGCUCGCUUCUUUAAUAACCGAAUAUCCGGACGUGAAAAUAUGCGGCCACACUGUGCCGCAUCCCGCAGAGAAGAGGGUGCAUUUGAAUAUCCAAACUACUGGUGAAAAUGUAAUUCACGUAUUGAAACGGGGCCUCCAGGAUCUUGAAAGAAUGUGUGACCACACGAUCGAGACGUUUAAUAAAUCCUAUGAAAAACAUAAAGCUACGAAAGGAGACUCUGUGAAUACUACAUAACACCAUCAUUCUUUUUUAGACUCCUAAUAUAUUAAAAAUAAGUUUUCAAAAUUUGUAUCAAUUAAGAAUUAAAAAUAUGUGUUAAAAAGGCGUAGAGUCUAAGCUUCUUAA